GCCGAACAUAGGCGGUGCGAGGCGCCUGCGGGACCCCAGGCCUGGAGCUGUGCGCCCUGGUGUCUACGCGUUCGCCACUGCUACUCCAGUGUCCUUUCUGCGGAACGCCGGGCUCCUUGACUCUCCUUUAUUGCCAGCGUAGAAGUGUUCCAAGAGCUAAGUCGAGGUGCCUCGGACAGGCGGAGCCCGCGUCAAUCGACCCACUCCCCUUUGUGUCCCGCCCUAUCCCUGCCCCUCUGGAACAAGAGGUCAAUCGGAAGCCACUGGUGAGUGAUGAGAAGAGGACCCUGGUGUCCAGGCAGUGGGCGCCUAGGGGAAUUGGAAUUGGGUGUCUAGAGAGGUGCAUCCGGGGACGUACGUGGCUCUGAGACCCUUGCCACCUGCCUUCCCUCUCCCACUCAUGGCCAAGCUGGUGGCCCUCGCCACCCUGGCCUCAUUGGCGCUGCCUUGAGAGUCGCUUCAAAGUAGGGCUCCAGAGCCUAGAGCAUCAUGGGCACCGAGAAGGAAGAGCCCGACUGCCAAAAACAGUUCCAGGCAGCAGUCAGCGUCAUUCAGAACCUGCCUAAGAAUGGCUCUUACCGCCCCUCCUAUGAAGAGAUGCUGCGAUUCUACAGCUACUACAAGCAGGCUACCAUGGGGCCCUGCCUGGUCCCCCGGCCUGGGUUCUGGGACCCCAUUGGACGUUACAAGUGGGAUGCCUGGAACAGACUGGGCAAGAUGAGCAGGGAGGAAGCCAUGUCUGCCUACAUCUCUGAGAUGAAGCUGGUGGCACAGAAGGUGAUCGACACAGUGCCCCUGGGUGAGGUGGCAGAGGAUAUGUUUGGUUAUUUCGAGCCCCUGUACCAGGUGAUCCCUGACAUGCCGAGGCCCCCAGAAACCUUCUUGAGAAGGGUCACAGGUUGGAAAGAGCCGGUGGUGCAUAGAGAGGAUCAGGCUGCUCCAGAGCCCUCUUCUUUCCCCAGGGAGCCAGUGCCUCCAAGUCCAGAGUCCCGGCCACCCAGAGACCUGGACCUGGAGGUUUUCUGUGACUCUGUGGAACAGCUAGAGCCAGAGUUGGUGAGACUGCCUGUCUUGUCUCCUGUUCCUGCUGAGCCCGAGUUGUCCCACCUCCCCCCUGGGACCUGGGACUCCUCCGCUCAGCAGGUUUGGGUGGAGCAGAAGGAAGCAGCUGGCAGAGCGCUGACCACCCGGAGCAGCCCUGAGUUCCCCAGUGAGAAUGAGGGGUCGGGAGGCGGCCUGGUAGGCCCCCAGGAGUUGGACACAUGGCUGGUGGGGACAGUCCGGGCCAUGCAGGAAAGCAUGAGGGAUGUUCACAGGAGGCUACAGAGCCUGGAGAGCAAGCCCCAGCCACUCGAGCAGCAGAGGUCGCCCAGGACUCGGCCUUGGCCCCUAGGGCUCUCGGCUUCCACGCUGCUGUUCUUUAUCCUGUGGCCCUUCGUUGUCCAGUGGCUCUUCCGACAGUUUCGGACCCAGAAGAGGUGACUCAAGGACGGGGUCUCUCUAACAACUGAGAAGACUAUGAUGGGUCCCCGAAAGGUCCUGCUGCGCCCUGAGCCUCCCUAGGUUUAGAAAAACAACUAGAAAUUCCUCCUCCCAUCCUCGUUCACCCUGGCACUCCCUCCUUUAGUGGGGGCUCCCAUAAGACCCAUCUUUCCCUGCAGCUCACACCUACGCCCCAAAGCAGUCAUGGUGCACAUUCUAACUUUGGGGUUGGCGGUGAGCCGGCCCCACCCUCUGGGUCACCUGACUUUGCUCCCGACGACUCGGCUCCCGGCCGAGGCUCAGCUCUUGGGCAAGUUGGGACUUGGACCUGGCCUGAAGAUUGAUUGGCUGGAAGGUUGGUUGCAGGAAAGACCGGAGCCCGCAGGAGUGGGGAGGAAUGGGAGGAGUGUGUACGCUGGGGGCUGGGAUGCCCCGUACACAGGCACAAGUACACAUCGCGCUCAGGACUUCACUGAAGAUUCACGUGCAAUUGAACGCUUCAUUAAACAAAAGAAAACCUCAGUCUGCCGUCUGGGAACCCGUGGAAAGAGCGGGAAGCGGGCGGGUUGCGCCUGUCACAAGUCCGGUCCCACUCCCUCCCCAAAUCCCCUCGAGAGACUAGGGCUUCCUUAUAAGGAAUAUCUUCCCUCCUCCCCAAGGAACCUGGAGAAAAACAGGCCUCAGACUGGGGUCAGGGAGCGCCCCGGGGGACGCUCCGGGGCUUGGAGGCCUGGAGUUCUUGCAGGGAAUCGGGGCGUUGGUCAGCCCCGCCCCGACAGGACAGCUGACCUAACUGCACAACGCACUAAGGACUGGGGUACCCAGUGCUAGGCUCCAAAUGCCUUUGCCUUUUCCCAGGCCCUUAAGUCUUGGUUGUUACUCCCUAUCAAGAUCGCCGUUCUUCCCAAAGAAUUUUCUAGGAAGCCAAAGCCCGCCCACUUUGAGCCUCUUUCCUGAGGGGUGGGGGCAGGGCUCUGCGUCGCUUGGACCCCUAAUUGUUGUAAACCUAGUGCCUGCACAGAC